GAUAACCUGGCCAAAGCCUAGUUUUGCCAAGCCUUAGCCCUGCUUGGGUCAUGCCAACAUUUCUACAUGGAAUCAAGUCCAAUGGCUAGCCGUCGAGUUCGCCGGCCACCAAUGCGCUCACCUAUAUCAACGCGUUAUGUACGCCGACGUCAGGAAACUUCAGACGAUGAUGUGUUAGAUAUAGACGAAAUAAGUGAACCGACCAAUAAUCGACCAAGAAGCCCAGUCCGUGUUAGCGAUGGUUAUGAAGUAUGGCGUAGAUCAGCACGUUUUGGAAAAACUCACGAACAGAAGAUUCUUAGGACUAAUGAACAGGGUCGUACAGAGAUAGUUGAACCAUUAGAAGGUGAUAUUGCGAUACACAGUGGAUUUCCUUAUGCAAAAUAUUCCUCUGAAGCGUGGCGCAAGUUUAUCAUUAACCAGGAAUAACAUGAUCUUCCUAUCCCAGUCAAAAAAACGAAGAUCCAACAUCCAUGCUAUAAGCCAUUUCAAUCAACAAAAUGUCGUAUUCGAACAUU